UAAAUAGCUGUUUUAUACUUUGAAUUUGUGCUUUAUCUAUGCUUUGUUUUAGAUUGUGAGGGUGAACAAUUUGGCGUUGCUUAGACCAUGAUUUUGAACGCUUUCAUGUGAACCUUAGUAUGAAUUUCAUUGGUCUUGACUCAGGGGCGAACACCGCAAGGAUAGAACGAUUGUGGUGUGAUAUAAGGAACAAUAUUCCUCGAUGCGGGCUGCGAACUCCACAGUUUGUUGGGUACCUUGCAGAAUUUAUGUUUCGUAGAAGGUUCCCUGAUGAACGUGAGCGUAUGCAUCAUUUUCUGCUUGCUGUUAAGAAAGCGUAUCCUCUUCCUAAAUAGACCGUAAGUCGUGCAGAUGGCAACACUCGUUCCAGCUGGUCAAGCGGAAAUCCUCCGUGCCGCUCAGAAAGAUGAAGUUUAUAUUCAACACCUUCACGAGAAUCUCGCAGAAGUUGGCAGCAAACUGUUUGGAAAUCGACUUUGGAUAAAGCUGCGCGACAUAAGUCACAUUGCUGCCCACUUUGCGUACUACGCUGCAACUACUCUGUCGACAGUCCAGACCAUAGGUGAAGAGUACACGGGAAUUGUGCAAAUUAACAGAACCUUCAGUAGAUUGCCAUCUUGGACGACCAGAUUUCUUAUGGUUUUGCUGGACUGUGGUGGCUACUACUUCAUCAUUCACCUUCUUAACCGCUUGGAGCGAGAGUUGACAUCUGCUAAAGCUACGACAUCCCUGCAACCAAAAGCAAGGCUCAUUCUGCUACAUGUCGUACAGCUCCUUCAAAUUUGGAUACCAAACAUUCUAACUCUUCACAAAGGACUGUUCUACUUGACUGGAAAUUUCUACAGCAUUGCUAAACGGCUGACAGGUGUACAUUACGUGUUGGUGCAGCACUGGCGUAAGGAUCGCCGCUCUCGGUCAACGUUCCGGCUACUGGGGCUGGUCACCCUGGCGUACGGCUGCGGCUUGGUGAUGCAGGGGUUUGCCAGGUGGCGGAGCAGCAAUGAGGGUCCCCCGACCACAGACCUCCUUACAGCGGGCAAGGGGCAGGCGGCUUCUAGCUGCCCCCUCUGCCUGGAGGAGGUUUGCGAGACCAGCUGCACCCCCUGUGGCCACAUGUUCUGCUGGAGCUGCAUCAUGGAGUGGCUACAGGACAAGCGGGAGUGCCCCCUGUGCCGGGAGGCCCUGGGCCCAUCGCGAGUCGUCCUGCUCAGGAACUACCUGUCGUAGCUAGAACUGUUGCAUCCUGGAACCUUGUUUACUUAGACGAUCUCAUUUUCAGCCUUCCGUACUUGCUAUUUCCUCCAGUAUAGUCUUUUUUAACUGAAGGAUUCAAAACCAGUUGUUGGAUUAACGUUAAUUUGUAUAAUGUUCUGUGAUUUUUUAGGUUUUUGUUUAUGUUGCUUGUUCAUCUUAUGGGUAUACAAUUUGAUUCAUUUUUUAAGAGACAUUAUGUAUGGUCGAAAACAAAAGGUAUUAACAUUCUGUCAUGUAAGAGAGACUAUUAAAAAACUUUUUAAACAUGCUAGGUUUCAAAUGUUACCUUUAGUGACAAUACUUGAAGUGCACACUGUUGACUGCUGCGUUACAGUGGUGUUACUAGAAGUGUGGAGUUGAAGCACUGAAGGUGCAUGCAUUUGUAUCAUUUCUCUUUUCUUUGUAUAAUUUGUCUAAAAUAUUUGUAAAACUUCAGCAUUUUAGAAAUGUAUGCAAAUAUUUGCAUUAUUUGUCAAAAAUAAAAUUUAAAAAAUAUA